CAACGACGUGCGGUACCAAACGGUAUGGCAUAAGAUAUCCACCAAGCAACCAACAUAGAACAAGAAGAGCAAACCAAUGGCAACCAUAUACCACUACCCUACGUCCCAUUGCAGCCGCAAGGUACGUAUGGUUGCCGCUGAACUGGGCCUGCCUCACUCCCUCGCCACGGUCGACAUCGUCACUUGCGAAAACUACGACCCUGCCUACGCAAAGCGGAUCAACCCGGGCAUGGUCGUCCCGUCGUACUUGGACAUCGACAAGAAAACGGUGGUGGUGGAUUCGAGRGCGAUCAUCGAAUUCCUAGUGGCAAAAUACAACAGAACGUUCAGCGACAUCGACCUAGUACCACCGGCCGGAGAAAAGAAUACCGCGAGCGAAUGGAUGGACCGAAUGGACGCCCUCGAUAUCGUGACGAUCUCCAUGGGGAGCGGGAGGUACCUCCCGCCCUAYAUUGUGUACCUCCGGCAGGCCAAGGGGUUGCGCCUCACAAAACUGUACGCGGCGCGGUUUGCCUCCAGCGAUCCCCCGCUGGCGAAGCUCUACCGGGACCGUCGCCUGCGGCUGGAGCGGGCCGCCUCGAAGACCCGGUCGGGGGAGAGCCUCUCAUUCGCGUUCGAGAGGCUGAAAGCCGAUCUGGGGGACAUGGAUGMACUGYUCGAAUCCGAUGGCCGGYCCUGGCUGUGCGGGGACCGGUUCACGAUCGUGGAUGCGGCGUGGGCGCCAGUCUUCAAGCGCCUCGACGACAUAGGGUACACGGAGGAGGCCUUGCUCGGGUUGCCGAGGGUACAAAGCUACUCCUCAGCGCUCAAGCAACGGCCGUCCUACGCCUCCGCCAUCGAUGGGUUUCCCCCACCGAUCCGCUCGCCCGCCAAGAAAGUGCGGGCGGUUUGCGCCCUGGUCUACGACAGGCUGGUGGGGGGGAAGGAAACCACCCUCGCGGUGGCUUCUGGGGUUGCGGCUGCCGCCCUUGYGUUCCAGAGGAGCCGCUAGCGUGCCGGGGACCCUUCGCGGUAGCUUUUCUCCWRGGGCUAUAACAGGCUUGGAAAUG